AUGGCUUCAGUUUCAUUAUCCUCACUGUCGGCACCAUUUUUGCCCUUACCUAAUUCCUCCAUUUGUAAUGGCAGACCCCAAUUCUCCGUGCUUUCUUCGCCUUCCUCAAAUUCCUCAAAGUUACAUGCCCUGAAAAUCUGUCGCGGUUCCUCUUCCAGAAUUUUCGCUGUUCCUGAAGUUCUGGAGUCCAGUGUUGCUUCUGAGGAUGAGGCCCCUGCCGCUUCAACGCUGAGUGUUGGUGCAGAUUCUGAUAAAAUGGCGCCUAAGCAGAAGAUUAGAAUAAAACUGAGGUCUUACUGGGUACCCCUGAUAGAAGACUCGUGCAAACAGAUUAUGGAUGCUGCAAAGACAACGAAUGCAAAGACCAUGGGUCCGGUACCAUUACCAACUAAGAAGAGAAUAUAUUGUGUUCUCAAAUCUCCGCAUGUACACAAAGACGCCAGGUUCCAUUUCGAAAUUAGAACUCAUCAGCGCCUUAUUGACAUUCUUUAUCCAACUGCCCAAACAAUAGACUCACUGAUGCAGCUUGACCUUCCUGCUGGCGUCGAUGUUGAGGUCAAGCUUUGA